AUGGCAGCUGAUGAUAAGGUUGCCAUUCUAACUGAUGAUGAAGAAGAACAGAAGAGAAAGUAUGUGCUUGCUGAUCCUUUCAAUGGCAUUUCCAAGGAUCAAGACUUGCCACCCCAGAAUGAAUCCCCUUCGACAGAGACAACCACUGUCCCAGAUGAAGAGCUGGAUUGGUUAGAGAAGCACUGCGUCAAAAUAAACAACGAUCUUCUGAUCUCAAAGGUCUUUUAUUUUUUCUUCUAUUCUGCUUAUGGCUCUCUCUACCCCUUGCUGCCUGUGUAUUACAAGCAGCUAGGUAUGUCACCCAGUCAGAGUGGACUUCUGGUGGGCAUCAGAUAUUUUAUUGAGUUUUGCAGUGCUCCCUUCUGGGGAGUGGUGGCAGAUCGCUUCAAGAAAGGGAAGAUCGUCCUCCUCUUUUCGCUUUUAUGCUGGGUUUUGUUUAACCUGGGGAUUGGAUUUGUUAGACCAGCCACCUUAAGAUGCGUUCCAAAGGGCCUUCCCCCAGCACAUCCCACCAAUGCAAGCAGCCUUUUAACAACAAUUUCGCAAAAUGCCUCAAUGUCUUCUCUGCUAACCACAGUGAAUACUGCAUCCCCACAAGUUCGUGGGAAGAGAGACCUGCUCACUUCCAGUCCAGUCACUUUGGAAACAACAGGGACAGCUAAUCCAGAAAUAACAUUCCCGUUACCUACACAGAGCAAUGAUGUGGAGUUUGUCUUGGAAAACAGUACCCAUUUCAUUCUGACAAACACCACCGCUAGCCCACUCUUACCAGGGAACAUGACUCCCAGUACCACCCCAGCUGCCAUCACCACAAAGCCGAUGCCUUCUGACCAAGCUGUGCUCGUUUAUGAUCAACAAGAAGUAGAAGCCAUCUUUCUACUCAUUCUGCUGGUUGUCAUAAUAGGUGAAUUUUUCAGUGCUUCCUCCGUUACUAUUGUGGACACUGUAACGCUGCAGUACCUCGGCAAACACAGAGACCGCUAUGGGUUGCAGCGUAUGUGGGGGUCUCUGGGCUGGGGGCUGGCCAUGCUCUCUGUGGGAAUUGGCAUUGACUACACCCAUACAGAAGUUGUCAUGGAAGGUCAAGGAUGUAAAGCUCCUGAGUACAAGAACUACAGGAUAGUUUUCAUUGUUUUUGGUGUUCUGAUGACGAUGGCAUUAAUUGUGGCCACCCAGUUUCGAUUUCAUUAUGCGCACUUCAAGCAAGACGAAAAUAAGAGAAAAGAGGUAGAAAUCUCACAGGUGGACAGAAAUGCCUCCAAUGAAUCCUCCGAUAACACUCCCACUAGUAUGAGCCAGUCGCAGUCUUUCAGUUUUUGGGACCUAAUAAAACUGCUGUGUAGUAUCCAGUAUGGCUCAGUGCUCUUCGUGGCGUGGUUCAUGGGGUUUGGAUAUGGCUUUGUGUUCACCUUUCUUUACUGGCACUUGGAAGACCUGAAUGGCACCACCACUCUCUUUGGAGUUUGUUCUGUGCUCAGUCACGUGUCUGAGCUGACUGCCUACUUCUUCAGCCACAAAUUGAUUGAAUUGGUUGGUCAUAUCAGAGUGCUUUAUAUUGGUCUUGCCUGUAAUACAGCUCGAUACAUUUACAUCUCGUAUCUGGAAAACGCCUGGACUGUUCUUCCGAUGGAAGUACUUCAAGGUGUCACACAUGCGGCUAUAUGGGCAGCUUGUAUAUCGUACCUUAGCGCAGCAGUGCCUCCGGAGCUGAGAACGUCAGCCCAGGGAAUCCUGCAAGGUCUCCACUUGGGUCUGGGCAGAGGAUGCGGGGCUAUGGUUGGAGGGGUUCUGGUCAAUUACUUCGGUCCUGCUGCCACAUUCAGAGGAAUAGGAAUGGCUUGUUUAGUGAUUCUUCUUCUGUUUGCACUGAUCCAGUGGCUGUUGGUUCGUGAUGAAGAAGAAGAAAAGACAAUGCUGGCAGAAAGGAUCCCAGUGCCUUCCAGUCCUGUUCCCAUAGCAACUAUUGACCUUGUACAACAGCAAUCAGAAGAUAUCAUGCCUCGCACUGAGCCCAGACUCCCUCUAAAGAAAACUAAACACCAAGAAGAGCAAGAGGAUGUGAACAAGCCUGCCUGGGGCAUCAGCUCUUCUCCUUGGGUCACCUUAGCUUAUGCUGUCUACCAGAUAAAAGAGAUGGUUAAACUAUCCAAAACCAACCCAACUCCAGAGAAUCAGCCUUUGCAGAAAAUCAAUGAGAAUUGCAGUGCUUCAUCAGCCAGCUCAGCAAGUCAACCCCAAAAUCCGAUAGAUUCUGGGCAGUCCAGAAAUCGUUCAGCACCAACACCUACAGCAACAUCAGAUUCCCAAGUAGAUGGCGACCGCCUUGUGUCGGAUCAUGAUGCUCAGCCUGCUGCUGCAGGGCCCUGAGAUGCGCUCAUCUUACCAAAUCCAGUGCAUGGAAUUCUGCUUCUCACCUGGGAAAUGCUGGAGUAGGAGCUCAAAAGUAGGACUUCCUUCAUCUUAACGAUCAUAAUGUGAUGCAGUGCAAGCUUUUAACUAUAUAAAGAAUAUUCAUAUGACUACACAGAGCAACAUGAGCAGGGAAGCCAAAAGUUCGGAAUUCUUGAAGGAAGUGAUGUGGCUGGAUCUAACGGUAGGAAGAAUUCU